AUGGCGAUGAUGAUGACUGGCCGUGUGCUGCUGGUGUGUGCCCUCUGCGUGCUGUGGUGCGGUGCCGGCGGUAGAUCUGACGGGGAGGACACGGCAGGCUCUGGGAUAGGUGGUGAAUCUCCGCUGUCAUCACAAGAACUUGAAACGCCUCCACAAGUCACGCAAGACUUAAGACGUGGAGCAGGAGGUCUUAAAGAAGAAUUACCUCCCGCACCUUCAGAGGAUGAAGUUGAAGAAGAUGAAGAUGAAGAUAAUGAUGAUGAUGGUGCAGGGACAGAUGAAGCAGAAAGAACUGAAAGGCAAGGUGAUCAGGAAGUGGCAGUUACAUCAGACCCAAAUUCCGGGGAAAAGAAUUUAAUUGGAAGCAGGCGGAAAAAUCACCAGCCAAUUGUAUCUGCAGGGGACAUUUCUCAUUCCGGCAGUCGGGAACCAAACGCCAAUCCUACGCAAAAGGAAGUUGAAGAAAAAAAGGAUGAGACUGACGAAAAUACACCUGCAGUAGAGAACGCACUCACAACAGGUAACGGAGAGCACACACUGCCUGUGGGAAUUGCGGGAGGAAAUCCUCCACCACCUCCAGAAGACGAUGUUGAUUCCCGCGAACAGGAUGGCGAAGACACUACGAGUGGCGGUAAAAAAAAAGUUCAGUCGCCUGAGACCGCAGCCGCACCACAAAGCCACCGAGACAAAGGCUCAGAAGGGAAUGGGGAAGAUACAAAAGCAACGACAGUAACCGCCAACACAACUGAUACGACGAAUACACAAAACAGUGACGGCAGCACCGCGGUCUCCCACACCACCUCCCCUCUUUUGCUUCUUCUUCUUGUUGCGUGUGCGGCUGCGGCUGCGGUGGUGCCCGCGUGA